UGCGGGAUCGAUCUGCUGCUUCGAGAACCUCCCCAGGCCAUCGCCAUUUUCGCCGGUAACCCCCCCUCUCUCUCUCUCACACACACACACAUGUAUUUGGGAGCUUCAGGCACGAACAAAAUCGUCUUGUUAACCUCCGAGCGACCUGUUACAUUGUCGGGCGCUCUCGAAGAAGCUUCCGACUCCUGCUGCUCCGUGGCUGAACCCGGCGUCGCGUCGUUUUGAGUGUAGGAGGAGAAGAGCGUGAGGAGGGACAGAUGGAAGAACUAAGUAAGGCUAUGGACCAGCACAUGGACCAAAUGGCGGAUCUUGUCCAGAAAAUCUCGGCCGAGCUUCGAUCUGGACUUGGACCUGCAUACGAUAACUUCCUUGGGUUUUUCCAUGCGAUUGAUUGGAAGGAACCUUGGUUAAUUUGCUUAAUCUCAUUCCAUAUAGUGUUGCUGAUAAUAGUAAUCAUCUCAAGGAAGAGUGUUAACUUCCAGAUGUGUUUAUUUCUCCUGACAUUGAGUGGCGUUUAUCUUGCUGAGAGGCUGAAUAAAUUUUUGGGAGACAACUGGAGGAGCUUUGCAACCCAGAACUAUUUUGAUCCGCAUGGACUAUUUCUGUCAACACUCUGGUCAGGGCCUCUACUGUUUAUUGCAAUUGUGAUCUUGGUAAAUACGCUUUUUUCGUUGUGCCAUCUGAUCGUUCGGUGGAAAAAGGCUGAGCUGAGACAUAGAGCAAGGCUUUCUCGUAAGCAGGACUGACUUUUUUAUUCUGCGGUAGUUACUGAGGUAACGCGUGGCCAGAAGCAUCAGUCUCUCCUGAUCUUGCUAUAUAGCUCAAGCACCCCCAAUGCUUGACGGGCGAUGACUUUUGAUCAUAAUAUGUGGGGAGUGAAUCUUUUAUCACAAGCCUUUCUGUCUGAGCUUCUCUUCAUGCGGAGUUAGUCUUGGUCGAAGAUUUGUAUACUUGGAUCUCAUUCGGUUCUAGAUAGUAGAACGUCCUAAUUUGAAAUUGCGCUCACAUGGUGUUUCUUUUUCAGUGGUGUAAA